UAACGCUGUGAGAUUUCAGAAGCGGCUAGGUUGUUUAUUAACCAAGGCUGAAUAUAUAUAAGCUGAUUAUUUAGUAACUGCUUUACUUUGAAACAAUGUCUGAAAUUAAGCAACCAAGCGGCGGGCAGUAUGUUGAAUACAUGGAUCAGGUAACCAAGAUUCCAAUGCAAGCCUGGAUUGGCAUUGGAGCGGUUGCCAUAGCAACUGUGGUUUGGAUGAUGAAGGAAAAUAAGAGCGAGGAAACGGAUUGUAAAGUAAAAGUCGAUCAUCAAGCUAAACAAAUUGAAUAUGAGGGCGAAGAAUUUGUUCAUGCUUCACCGCUUAUGAAGGACAAAUGCAUCGAGUCAUUGAACCGUGAAGUGAACACGCUACACGAUGUUUUUCUACAUGGACUUAAACAAUCAGAGGGAGGGCCUUGUGUGGGGUGGCGACCCGGACCCGACCAGCCGUACAAGUGGUUGACAUACCAACAAGUACUAACGAGGGCCCAACAUUUUGGAUCAGGACUUGUGCACGAGGGCGCCAAAACGCAACCGGAACAAUUUAUUGGAAUCUUCUCGCAGAACCGAGUUGAAUGGAAGAUAACUGAACAAGCCUGUAACUCAUUCUCGAUGGUGGUGGUUCCCCUUUAUGAUACUUUGGGUCCACAAUCCAUCAAACAUAUUAUGACGCAAUGUGACUUAAAGAUAGUGGUCGUGGACAACAACGGCAAAGCUAAAAGUUUGUUGAGUGGGGUUAAAGAGGGUCAAUUCACGGCCACACUAAUCAUUAUGAUGUCACAACCAAACGAAGAGGUGACCAACCUCGCGAAAGAAACCGACACGAAAGUGAUGACGUUUGAACAAGUGGAGGAAGUUGGCAAGAAUAAUUUGAAGGAAUUUGUUCCACCCAAACCCGAGGAUCUCCACACGAUUUGCUACACAAGCGGAACCACCGGCCUACCCAAGGGUGUCAUGCUCACACAUGGUAACUUGAUCGCCAACCAAGCGGGAGUCUUCGCUAUUGGGCAAGAUAGCUUCCUUAAAAUGAACAACAAGGACGUCCACAUAUCUUACUUGCCGCUUGCGCACGUGUUUGAACGACUUGUAGCACAGCAGAUGUAUUACUGUGGGGCGAGCGUUGGAUUCUUCCAAGGAGAUGUGAAACUUUUAUUGAGCGAUGUGUCUGCGUUGAAACCAACCGUGUUCCCGAUGGUUCCGAGAUUAAUCAACCGGAUCUACGACAAGAUUUGGGCGGGUGUCAGCCAAUCUUUCAUCAAGAAGUUUCUACUCGAGCGAGCUUUAAAAUCUAAACUUGCUUUGUUAAAGAAAGGAAUUGUAACGCGGGAUACGAUAUGGGACAAGAUUGUGUUUGGCAAGGUUCAAAACAUGAUGGGGGGUCGAGGAAGGAUUUUCAUAACAGGGGCUGCCCCUGUGUCGUUGGAGGUCAUCAACUUUAUGAGGGCGGCGCUUGGCGUCAACUUUACUGAAGGUUACGGGCAAACUGAAGCGACAGCUGCAAUCAGCAUUACUAUACCUGGUGACUUUGAGAGCGGAAGCGUCGGUACACCGGCUGUGUGUAACAUGAUUAAGCUGGUUGACGUGCCGGAGAAAGAUUAUUACGCCAAGGAGGGAAAAGGAGAGGUUUGCGCGAAAGGUCCGAAUAUCUUCGUUGGUUAUUACAAGGAUCCUGAUAAGACAAAGGAGACACUUGAUGAAGAUGGUUGGUUGCAUACGGGAGAUGUUGGAAUGUGGUUGCCCAACGGGUCGUUGAAGAUAAUCGACCGCAAGAAGAAUAUAUUCAAGUUAGCUCAAGGUGAAUAUAUUGCACCGGAGAAAAUUGAGGGAAUAUUCACGCAAAGUCCGGCUAUUGCACAGGUUUUCAUGCACGGUGAAAGCUUGAAGGCGUCCCUUGUUGCCGUGGUGAUCCCGGAUUCCGAGUCGUUUGUUACCUGGUGUAAUGGCAAGGGGGUCAGUGGUGGGUAUGAGGAGCUAUGCAACAAUACUGAUGUGAAGAAACUUGUCCUUGAAGAUAUGUGCGCCCUUGGUAGGAAGAGGGGACUCAAGUCGUUCGAACUCCCGAAGAAAAUCCAUCUUUCCCCGGAAUUGUUUUCGGUUGAGAAUGAACUUUUGACCCCAACCUUCAAAUCUCGUCGCCCCCAACUUUUGCAUCGAUAUAAAGCAGAGAUUGAUGAAAUGUACAAAGACCUCGAUUAAUAUUAAUAACUCUAUAUUUAUAUUGGAAGUUUCAAAAUAACAUUAUUUUAAUAUUUUAUUCUGAGAUAUUUUAACCCCAUUGCAAGAGUUGCAUGUUGGCGUCCAAGUUAGGUUCACUCAAUGCAAAACUAACGAAACAUAAUUUCUGUAACUAACUUAAUAUUACCACAGCAUUUGUGUUCUAAUGUUGCUUUUCAAAUUUUCAUGUUUAUGAAAAUACAAAACCAAAAUAAAAUGUGUUCCGUUUG